UCCACUAUAUAAAAAUAGUGCGAUUGACGACGUCUGAAACAAUGUCAGAGAAAACGGAGGUUAAUCUCACUGGAGUAAAAAAAACUAAAGGCGUUUGGCUUGUUAAGGUUCCCAAGUAUUUAUCUCAGCAAUGGGACAAAGCAACAGAAAAGGAAGAAGUUGGAAAAAUUUCCAUUGGAAAGAAACAAGGUAAAACAGAGGUAUGUUUCAGUCUGAAUGAGGAUCUGGCUGCCCUGGGCGCUGUGGGAGAGAAGGAUGCAUCGCUGCAGGUCCCAAGGGAUCAUCCCUUCACCAUGCACACAGUGGGCGGACAGACCCUGGCUGUCUUCAGCCAAAGUGCAACAGAUGAAAUCAAUCUGGAGGGGAUGGUGGUGCACAGAGCCGAAUGCAGGCCAGUCAUCUCUGACAGCUACAUGAAGAUAAAGAGGCUGCAGAUUGAGUCCGUCAAGCCUCAGCGUCUGUCGCAGCAGCUGGAUAGAGCCAUCACUACAGCCUUUAAGCCUGUGGCCAACCAUGAUUUCAAUGUGGUGUAUGAGAAGAAGAAGAAGUCUGAAGGGAAGAUGGUGAGAGCUGAGCGGCAAGUUGUGUUGGACAUGCUCUUCUCUGCCUUCGAGAAACACCAGUUUUACAGCUUCAAGGAACUGGUGGACAUCACCAAACAACCUGUGACCUACCUAAAAGAAAUCCUGAAGGAAAUUGGAACUUGCAGCCGUAAAGGAGCACACAAAAGCAGCUGGGAACUAAAGCCGGAGUACCGACACUACCAAUCUGCUGAGGAAGAGGAGAUGAUUAGCUCUGGAAAAGGUCACUGAGCAUCGUGGCCCACAGAGAUCCAGACUUUGAAUCAUGUUAAUAUUUGUGUUAAUAUUUUUGUAUAUUUUUAUGUUACCAUUGGCUAAAAAAUUAAUAUUGUGCCACGUGGCCGAUUUCUGUUAUGAGUUCUGAUAAUGCAGUGAAAGAAGUUAGUUACCUGAGUUUUUUACAGGCAGCUGUCUGAUUAUGAAGCUGUUUGCUGGAUUAAAUCUGUUGGGGAAACAUU